AAUAGAAUUUGCAUUUAUUUUCAUGUUUGUUGUGUUCUUCUGUCUCCACGCACCACCACCACCUUCACCUGCCACUAUCUUCUUCUUCUCCAGCCAUGGCUACCUCCCUCGGCGAGAACCUCAACCUUCUUUCUACUCAACAGCAAGAGUUGGUGAAGAUGCUGUUGGAGAACGGCCAAGACCACCUGUUUCGAGAUUGGCCUCCUCCCGGCGUCGACGACGACCACAAGAAAGCGUUCUUCGAUCAGUUGACUCUACUCGAUUCGAGUUACCCUGGCGGUUUGGAAUCAUACAUCAAAAACGCUAAACGGCUCUUGGCCGAUUCUAAGGCUGGCAAAAACCCUUACGAUGGUUUCACUCCUUCCGUUCCAACGGGUGAGACUUUGACUUUUGGCGAUGAGAAUUACAUCAACUUUGAGGAAACAGGUGUGCGUGAGGCUCGGAAAGCUGCAUUUGUUCUUGUUGCUGGUGGUCUUGGUGAGCGUUUAGGAUACAGUGGGAUUAAGGUUGCUCUUCCUGCAGAAACCACUACUGGAACAUGUUUCAUUCAGCAUUAUAUUGAAUCUAUAUUGGCUCUUCAAGAAGCCAGCUCACAAGGUGAAUCCCAAACUAAGAUUCCUCUUGUUAUUAUGACAUCUGAUGACACUCAUGGACGCACUUUAGAGCUAUUAGAAUCAAAUUCUUAUUUUGGUAUGCAACCCACACAAGUAACACUUUUAAAGCAGGAAAAAGUUGCAUGCUUAGAAGAUAAUGAUGCCAGGCUUGCACUGGAACCACAAAACAAGUACAAAAUUCAGACAAAACCUCAUGGGCAUGGUGAUGUGCAUUCACUUCUUUAUUCAAGCGGGAUUCUCAAAGUAUGGUAUGAUGCUGGGUUGAAAUGGGUUCUAUUUUUCCAAGAUACAAAUGGGCUUCUGUUCAAGGCAAUUCCAGCAGCACUGGGUGUCAGUGCUUCCAAACAGUACCAUGUUAACUCUCUUGCGGUACCUCGGAAAGCAAAAGAAGCUAUUGGUGGAAUCACCCGACUCACUCACUCUGAUGGAAGGUCUAUGGUGAUAAAUGUGGAGUACAAUCAGCUAGAUCCUCUUCUCAGAGCAAGUGGAUACCCUGAAGGCGAUGUAAAUUGUGAGACUGGCUUCUCCCCAUUUCCUGGCAAUAUUAACCAAUUGAUUUUAGGGCUGGGUCCUUACAUUGAAGAGCUCUCUAAAACAGGAGGUGCCAUACAGGAGUUCGUUAACCCAAAAUAUAAAGAUGCCAGCAAAACUUCAUUUAAGUCCUCAACUCGACUUGAAUGUAUGAUGCAAGACUAUCCAAAAACAUUGUCCCCAUCUGCCAGGGUUGGGUUCACGGUGAUGGAAACAUGGCUUGCUUAUGCACCUGUGAAGAAUAAUGCUGAGGAUGCUGCUAAGGUACCGAAGGGAAAUCCAUACCAUAGUGCAACCUCUGGAGAAAUGGCAAUCUAUCGUGCAAAUAGCAUUAUUCUCAAAAAGGCCGGUGUCCAAGUAGCAGAGCCAGUUGUGCAGGUGUUCAAUGGCCAAGAGGUUGAAGUUUGGCCUCGCGUCACGUGGAAACCCAAAUGGGGUCUAACUUUUUCUCGGAUUAAGAGCAAAGUCGGUGGAAAUUGCUCCAUUUCCCAAAGGUCUACACUGGCCAUCAAGGGUCAAAAUAUUUUUAUUGAAAAUCUGUCGUUAGAUGGGGCUCUCAUCAUUGAUGCUGUGGAUGAUGCAGAGGUAAACGUGAGUGGUUCAGUUCAAAACAACGGUUGGAUCCUUGAAACUGUUGAUUACAAAGAUACGACGGAGCCUGAGGUAUUGAGAAUCAGGGGUUUUAAAUUUAACAAAACUGAGCAGCUGGAAACGAAAUACUCUGAGCCAGGAAAAUUUCACUUGAAGGCUUGAAAAUACAUGCUCUGGCAAACAAGUUUUAGCUCUCAUGCUACAUCCACUAUUAUUUUUCUCUACUGUAACGUGUGCUUGCACUCUUUGGUUCUUGUGUCAUAAUCAGUGGCAUAGGAAGUCUUGCAGAGUUUAUCUCCCUUCUCCUAGCCUUUGGUGCACUAUUUUGUUCAUAAGUUUUGUCCCCACUUAGAUUAGAGAAACUAUUUUACAUUCCUGGUUCAAAUUGUAAAGAAUCUGACUCCAUUUUUAUUGAUGUGAUAGAAAUUUAUGCAGAUUCAUUAUGUG